GUGUAACACACUGCCCUAUUUCCCCGGAGCGGACCGGACUGUGAGGAGCAGAGCAGCCGCUGGAGGCCUGCGGAUCCCGGCGCGGGUUUACCUGGAGCGGGUAGAGGGCUGAGCUGCAGGCGGUGGUGUGUGUUCAAUGGUUCUUGGGCUGUAAGGCUCUGCAAUGGCGCUGUGGACCGGCCGAGCCGCCUCAACCCCGCUGCUGGUGCUGGUCGGGCUGCUGGUGCUCGGCGGAGGUCCGGACGGGGUCUCCGCGUGUCCGAGUCGGUGUCUGUGUUUCCGAACCACCGUCAGAUGUAUGCAUUUAAACCUGGAGACGGUGCCCGCGGUCUCCCCGCAGACCACCAUACUGGAUCUGAGGUUUAACAAAAUUAAGGACCUGCAGCUGGGCUCUUUCAGAAGACUGAAGAACCUCAACACGCUCCUUUUAAACAACAACCACAUAAGAAGAAUCCCAAGAGCAGCUUUUGAAGACUUGGAGAACCUGAAAUAUCUAUAUUUGUACAAGAAUGAAAUCCAGUCAAUAGACCGACAAGCAUUUAAGGGGCUUGUCUCUCUAGAACAACUAUAUCUCCAUUUCAACAACAUUGAAGCCUUAGAACCCGAGUCCUUCACUCAUUUGCCCAAGCUUGAACGACUGUUUUUGCACAACAACAGAAUAACACACCUCACACUGGGGACCUUCUCCCAUCUGCAGGCUAUGAAGAGACUGCGUCUGGACUCAAACACACUGAACUGUGACUGUGAGCUGCUGUGGCUGGCAGAUCUACUGAAGCAAUACGCUGAGUCCGGUAACGCCCAGGCUGCUGCCACCUGUGAAUUCCCGAGCCGACUGCAGGGACGCUCUGUAGCCACACUCACUGCUGAGGAGCUCAACUGUGAGGUGCCCCGGAUCACGUCCGAGCCGCAGGAUGUAGACGUGACGUCAGGGAACACAGUGUACUUCACAUGCAGAGCAGAGGGUAAUCCCAAACCUCAGAUCAUCUGGCUGAGGAACAACAAUGCCCUGAACAUGAGAGAUGACACCCGUCUGAAUCUGCUGGAAGAUGGCACGCUGAUGAUCCAGGACACGAGGGAGACGGAUCAGGGCGUGUACCAGUGCAUGGCCAAAAACGUUGCUGGCGAGGUGAAAACCGGAGAGGUCACCUUACGCUACUUCGGGACACCAUCUCGGCCCAGUUUUGUGAUCCAGCCUCAGAACACAGAGGUGCUGGUGGGAGAGAGCGUGACUCUGGAGUGCAGCGCUGCAGGACAGCCUCAGCCGCGAGUGUCCUGGACCAGAGGAGACCGCAGCCCCCUGCCCAACGACGCCCACAUCAACAUCACCCCCUCCGGAGGACUCUACAUCCAGAAUGUCAACCAGGCUGAUGGGGGACAGUACACCUGUUUCGCCAGCAACAACGUGGACACCAUUCACGCCACCGCGUACAUCAUAGUGCAGGCUUUCCCCCAGUUCACAGUGAGCCCUCAGGACCAGUCUGUGCUGGAAGGACAUACAGUGGACUUCCCCUGUGAGGCCACAGGCUACCCUCAGCCGGUCAUAGCCUGGACACGUGGAGGCAGUCCUCUCCCAGGUGACAGGAGGCAUGUGGUCUUGUCCACUGGCACCCUGCGUAUUUCCCGAGUGGCCCCUCACGACCAGGGCCAGUAUGAGUGUCAGGCCGUCAGCCCUGUAGGAACCGUUAGAGCAGCUGUGCAACUUAAUAUCCAACAGAGAGUAACGCCUGUUUUCACAAGUGCUCCAAGGGACUUGGAGGUGGAGUCUGGCACAGACGUCCAGAUUCCAUGCAGCGCUCAGGGAGAGCCCACUCCGGUCAUCACCUGGAACAAGGACGGUGUUCAGGUGACAGAAAGUGGGAAGUUCCACAUCAACCCUGAGGGUUAUCUGGUGGUGAAUGAUGUAGGCACUGCUGACGGAGGGCGUUAUGAGUGCGUGGCUCGUAACUCUAUUGGCUACUCCUCGGCCAGCAUGGUGCUGACCGUUCAAGUGCCACAGGUGAGCAGAGAGGGUGAUUCCUACGUCUCUACAUCUCUGGAGGAAGCCAUCCGCAGUAUAGACAGAGCCAUAGACUCCACCAGAAGACACCUCUUUGACGGCUCCCCCCGGACCCCUGGUGAACUGCUGGCAUUGUUCCGGUAUCCACGCGACCCCUACACAGUGGAACAGGCCAGAGCUGGAGAGAUCUUUGAGCAGACCCUCCUGCUCAUUCAGAGACACGUCAACCAUGGUCUGAUGGUGGACACCAAUGGAACAGCUUUCCGCUACAAUGACCUGGUCUCUCCACGCUUCUUGGACAUGAUCGCCAACCUGUCCGGGUGUACAGCUCACCGUCGCAUCAACAACUGCUCGGAUAUCUGCUUCCACCAGAAGUACCGCAGCCACGAUGGCACCUGCAACAACCUUCAGCAUCCCAUGUGGGGCGCCUCGCUCACCGCCUUCGAGCGCCUACUGAAAUCUGUCUACGACAACGGCUUCAACCUGCCUCGCGGCGCUACGGACAGACGCCACAACGGCUUCGCUCUGCCACUGCCUCGCCUGGUCUCCACCACCAUGAUCGGCACUGAGACAAUCACCCCUGAUGAGCGGUACACGCACAUGCUCAUGCAGUGGGGUCAGUUCCUGGACCACGAUCUGGACUCCACCGUGGUUUCCCUCAGUCAGUCCCGUUUUUCUGACGGUCAGCUUUGCACCUCGGUGUGCACUAAUGAUCCACCCUGCUUUCCCAUCAUGUUCCCUCCCAACGACCCCCGGCAGAGGCGUGGUGGGGCACGCUGCAUGUUUUUCGUGCGCUCUAGUCCGGUGUGUGGCAGUGGCAUGACCUCGCUGCUCAUGAACUCUGUGUACCCACGAGAACAAAUGAACCAACUCACGUCUUACAUUGACGCUUCCAACGUGUACGGCAGCUCGCGCCACGAGGCAGAUGAGAUUCGUGACCUUGCGGGACACCGGGGUCAGCUUAAGCAAGGCAUCGUCCAGCGCACUGGGAAACCCCUGCUGCCCUUCGCCUCCGGACCCCCAACUGAGUGCAUGAGAGAUGAGAAUGAAAGCCCUAUACCCUGCUUCCUAGCUGGAGACCACAGGGCCAACGAGCAGUUGGGCCUGACUGCUAUGCACACAGUGUGGUUCCGAGAGCACAACCGCAUAGCUGCUGAGCUUCUCCGCCUCAAUCCACACUGGGAUGGAGACACCAUCUACCACGAAGCCCGUAAGAUAGUUGGAGCCCAAAUGCAGCACAUCACCUACAGCCACUGGCUGCCCAAAAUAUUAGGCGAAGCAGGCAUGAAGAUAAUGGGCGAUUAUCACGGCUACGACCCCAACGUUAACGCCGGCAUCUUCAACGCCUUCGCCACCGCUGCCUUCCGCUUUGGACACACCCUCAUUAAUCCCAUCCUGUACCGCCUGGAUGAGAACUUCCAGCCUAUCCAGCAAGGACACAUAUCCCUACACAAGGCCUUCUUCUCCCCGUUCCGGAUUGUAAACGAAGGAGGCAUUGACCCUCUGCUGCGAGGACUGUUCGGUGUGGCAGGAAAAAUGCGAGUGACCACACAGCUUCUCAACACAGAACUAACCGAGCGCCUCUUCUCCAUGGCUCACGCUGUGGCCCUGGAUCUCGCCGCCAUGAACGUCCAGAGAGGUCGCGACCACGGUAUCCCCCCGUACAAUGACUACAGAGUCUUCUGCAACCUGACCUCCGCACAGACAUUCGAUGACCUCAGGAAUGAGAUUCGGAACCCCACAGUUCGAGAGAAACUGCAGAGGCUCUACGGCACACCCAUGAACAUUGAUCUUUUCCCUGCUUUGAUGGUGGAGGACAUUGUUCCUGGAAGCAGACUGGGGCCCACCCUCAUGUGUCUACUGGCCACCCAGUUUAAGCGUGUCAGAGACGGUGACAGGUUCUGGUAUGAGAACGCAGGCGUCUUCAGCCCAGCUCAGUUGACACAGCUGAAGCAGGCGUCUCUCACCCGGGUGCUGUGUGACAACGGGGACAACAUCACCCGCAUCCAGUCGGACGUUUUCAGUGUGGCAGAAUUCCCUCAUGGUUUUGGAAGCUGUGAUGAUGUGCCCAAGAUUGACCUGCGGAUGUGGCAGGACUGCUGUGAAGACUGCCGCACCAAAGGCCAGUUCAACGCCCUGUCCUACCACUUCAGAGGCCGGAGGUCAGCGGAGCACAGCUACUCAGAGGAGAAACCUUCUGGGGAGCAUGAGAAUGGUCACAGCUUUGAAGAUGACAAGACUAUCGUAAAUGUAACUCUCACACCAAAGUCGAGCACUGAACCCUCGCUAAAUGAGUUCCAGGACUUUGUCGUGGACAUGCAGAAGACUAUUACUAGUUUACGAAAGCAGAUAAAAAGACUUGAAGCCCGUCUGAGUAAGACAGACUGCACUGAUGAGGACGGGAGAGAGCGGCAGGAUGGAGAGAAGUGGAAGAAAAACCCCUGCACCACAUGCGAGUGCAGAGAGGCCCAGGUUACGUGUUUUGUGGAGAGAUGUCCGCCAGCAUUAUGUCCAAACCCUGAGACACUGAAAGGUGCUUGCUGUCCUGUAUGCCUCAACCAACCAUCGAAUCAGCAGGGCAAGGAGCAUCGUGUAUAACCUCAGGACCCUAAGAGCACCCUAGAAAGAGACCCAGCUGAUGUGGCCUGCCGCAUCCAGGUGCCUCUGUGUUCUUUUUGUUGAUUUUAUUUUCUGUUUGUGGGUUUUUUGUUUUUAGUUUUUUCCAUAUCUCCAGGCAUGGCAUCGCUUUUACUGCCAAGAGCACUGAAGAAGCCUCCUCAUCAAUAAUGGAGGGAUAAAGGAAAGGAUGAAUAAAUGAAUGGAUGAAAAGGUGGAUGCAUAGAGGAUGUUCUCUUCCUCCAUCAGGCCUAAACAAAGGGACCAGAGGCCUUUAGAGACCACCAAAGGAAAAGGUGUUGGCCUGACAGUUACUUCCCUAAACGCGUGCACUGAAGAGGAGAGGAUUACAUCGCAAAACCACAAAACAAGCCUGAAUGGAUCCUUCAGAGAAACUGUUAUCAGCCAUGCUCUGGUCUCUAAAAAGCGUUCUCAGGUUAGAGAUGCCAGACAAAUGGUGCUACUCACCCCGACAGUAAUGACACAUGCUUAGUUUAUACAGCCUCAAAAGUAUUGUUUUAUUUUGUACCUUUUCAAUGUUUUUUUACACAGUAUGCAAAAAUGUAAUGUACACACAUUAUGUGCCUUUGGGGCACAUUCCUGGUUUUAUAAUUACUCGAAAGACAUUUUAUAUGAAAAAUGAUUUACUAGAGUUACUCCAGCUUUUACUAAAUGUUUAUGGUGCUUUACAUCAUUUACUGAAUAUAUGCAUAUUACACAUCCCACCCCCUCCCGCCUUUGUAUUGACCUCUGUGUGAAGAUAAUGUGAAUAUCUUGGGGCUGGGGGAAAAAACAAAAACAAAAUGUAAUUGAAGAAAAGUCUACUGAUCACCAAGUGCUUGUUUCCAGGUGUUUCUUAUAUUUCCUUGGUUUACCCUGUUAUGCAAUACAUGGUUUAAACAGGGUGAGGGUGUGGUAGCUGAGGUAUACAGUAGAUCUGUUAGAUUUUUAGUUUUACAUCAGGGUCUUACAGUCUUGCUGGGGAUGUCCUUAUAUCAUAUAUCUGAUCAAGGCAUGUUUUAAUUAUUGACUAUUUUUAUCCCAAUACAGUUUGAGUCUUUGUUUAAACCAGUGUUUAAAGCACCGUCUGGUGUCCUUAAGGUGCCAUUACCAGACAUUUUUGCCCAACCGGCAGCACUGAGGAGAGUUCUCAGAGGAUAAAUAGGAGUUUAAGUUAAGAGUCUGCAGUGUGGAUUUAUAUAUAAAGGGAAAAAAAUCACCCACAUGAUCUAUUUUAUCAGUGGGAGAACCAAAUGCCUUUAUAUGUUUUUAAACACUGAACAGCAAGUUCAGAACAGAGUGAAGCCUAACACAGUUUAUAAUACACACAUUAUAGAAACCCAAAUCAUAGCACAUCUAUUUACUAUAAAUCAGUUAUUUCAGAUCAGUAGCUGACAAACAGCAACAAAUAUCAAUCACAGGAUGACUUGACUGUAGAGUAGUCAAGUGUAUCUCAUUAUAUAAACUGUUAUUUAAAAAUAAAGGUAUUUUACUUAAGUAUUAUGUAACACUACAUCUAUUAUUUAAACAGAAAAUAAAACGGAUUAGUAUUUUCUGAUUCUAAAAAAUAAUCUUAAAAGACAUUAAUAGACUCACAUUGGAUUUGGGGGUAAAAUAACCUGAUCAGGACAUCCCUAACUUUAGCUGUUUUUGCACACAUUGGUUCUCAGACAUCUUCCUAGUGCAGUAUUUCUGUUCCAGCCUGUUUUUUAGAAGGAUGGUCCACUGCCUGUUACUUCAUUCACUGUUUAAACAGGCUAUCUUGACACUGUCUGAAGAAGAAUGUUGACCAUGCAGUGCCUCAACACAGUGCAGUACAAGCCUUCAACAUGUGUGCUCUAGUUAGAAUCAUUUGUGUUCACAUUACCAGGCUAAAGUGACCCGAUUUUGUGCCUUAAUGUGAUACAGAUCUAUUUUUUUAAGAGCCAUGUGGACGAAUUCGGAAUAUCAAAUCUGAUAUCUUUAAAUUAGGUUUGAGUCUCUUUUGUUUGUGUUUUUAGAUCAAAUACAAAUUAGUUUGUGAAUAGAUACAGUAGACUUAGGUCAUGUUCACACAGCAAGUAAAUGUGACCCAAAUCUGAUAUUUUACUUCAUGUUUGACACAGGUGUGUCGUUUGUAUGCAAAACACAUUAAAAUCAGUGCAGUUAUUCACUCUGGAUUUGAUGAGAGUGUUUUUUUUUAUUCGUUGCAUUGUAAGUAACAGCAAAGACACACCAAAAUCUGAUUUCAGUGUUCAGAGUGUCCAGACUAAGACACAUCUGUACGAAUCUGGUUAUAAUGUGGCUUUGGCUGUGCAGACUAUCAAAAUUAAAUCUGGAUACAAUCUAAAUAUGCCAAACAAUCAGAUUUGCCUUGACAGUCUGAACAUAUCCCUACUAGUAUUAAUGGGAAACAAAUAAAUAGCCAAAUCUUAUCUGUGCAAAAACUUGUAAUGUGAAUGCAGCUAAAAUCUGAUUUAAAAAGGAUUUUGUUCAAACAGCUUUGAAAUAAUCAGAUUUGAGUCACUUCAGCUUGGUAUUGUUCAUGUUCAUGUAGCCUACUAGUAGUCUCCAGUUAUCACCCUACUUCUUAUAUGUUUCACCGUUACCUUAUUCCAUUACCUUAUUCUCAUACUCAUUGCCCUGUUACACCUCACUAGUUUUCCAGGUAAUGUUUGUCCUCAACCCUCUUUUCUAAUUUCUCCUGUUUAAAAAAAAUAUCCUGGGUUAUGUUGGUGUUUGGAGACCUGACAUCUCAUGGAUCACAUCCCACUUUCUUUCUUUCUUUCUUUCUCUCUUUUCUUGCUCCCUUCUUUAAUCACAUGUCCUAACCAUAUGUAACGUGACUUGCAGCCCUCUCUAGUUUCCAUCUCUCGCUGGCCUUGUUUUUGGAUGGCGAGAACGUUUGGCUGUGGUCUCCAGAGUAACAGGAGGCAUGUGAACAGCGCUGAUGUCAUGUUUGAGAGCGUGAUGCUCUCUGACCUUACUUACGCUGUAAUCAAAGCCAUAUGGGUGAGAGUGCGGUGGGUUGAGAGAUUGGGAAAAGAUGUUGCUUAUAGCAUGUUGAAGACGAGGAGAAGAAUAAAGAACGAGGGAAAAAAAGAAAUGGAGGACAAAGACGUAAUAACAGGCACAUAUUUUUGAUACUCUCUUCUGGUACCACUCAUGGUUGGUGACAGCUGUGGUUGUAUGGGUGUAUUUUUGCUCUCAUCUGGCCAGCAUGUGGAAUCCUUCACGAUGUGUAAAGUAAGAAUAAUCUGAAUUGGUUGAACUGUGUUGGACGAAUGUAUUGCUGGCCUACUGAAUAGUCCAACAGCUUCAUUAUUCAGUAUUCUGUUCAUUCUAUGUUAUAUAUGUUAUGUAUUUGCUUGUUUUCUCUUUUCUAUCCCCCAAAAAACUUGGCCAGCAAAGUUUACCAUUUAUCUGUGGCCUCCCUCUACCCAUAUUCUGGAACCAUUUUAACGUAAUUCACCCCUUUAGCCCCUCCUCUGUCCUCUGGCCCAAACUGAACCCGUUUCCACUGCAAUGCACUGCCCUGCAAGACUGAACAAACUGACGCAACUGGUCAAAGUGAUUGGCUAGUAUUUUGUAUUGUACUUCUGCCAAAGAUUGUUUGCACUGUAUUGUAUGCCUCUCAACAAUAAUAAAAUGAACACAUUUGACAUAAAAA